CCUCAACUGAUAAAUUUCCUAUCGAUCUGAAGUCGUGUUUCCAGAUUUUAUCUCGUUUACGACUCCUUAGUAGACAUCCAUCAAUACAUUAUCGCCUCAAAGCUCCCUCGGGCUAGCUAUUCGAUUACAAGCGUUAUUGAUAGAGCAUUUUGAGUAACAAUGGAACUUCUCAUUUACAACAUUUCCCCUUUCGAGGCUAUCACGGCAAUCAUAAUACUUUACCUAUUCUACAUUAUCUCACUCAUCGUUCACCGUCUUUACUUCUCCCCUCUAGCCAGUUUCCCGGGCCCGAAGCUUGCCGCUGCUACCGGUUGGUAUGAAUUCUAUUAUGAUUACUGGCUUAAUGGCCAGUUCGUUUUUGAGAUUAAGAGAAUGCAUGACGUAUAUGGUCCAAUUGUGCGAAUCAAUCCCGCAGAACUUUCAAUCCAUGACCCUGAGUUCUACAACGAACUUUACGUUACUGAAAGUAAACGCCGGACCGAAAGCUAUGACGCAUUCUGUAAAGGUAUUGACCACGAAGGAUCUUUUCUGCUUACCAAGGAUCACGACCUGCAUAGGAGGAGACGGAAACCCUUUGAGCCAUUCUUUUCUAGAAAGGGGAUUACCUUCUUGCAGCCGAUGCUUAGUGAAGUAUGCUUGCAUUUAGAAUCCCGUAUCCGUGAGUUGGGAGGCCAGAAGCAGGUUAUCCGUCUUGAUCAUGCCUUUUCUGCGUUCUCCGGAGACAUUAUUAGAUUGAUAUGUCUGGGCGCCGACGGUACAGAGGAUCGUUUCCUAAGUGACCCACACUUCUCAUCAGAGUGGUAUGAGAUGUUACAAAUGAUCAUACGUUCUAUCCCCCUGUUCACUGGGUUCCCGUGGAUUAUUCAGAUUGCAAAAGCAUUGCCAGAAACCUUGCUUCUAUGGGCAUUUCCCAGCGGCCAAAUGUUCAAAAGGUUUGCAGAGAGAGCAACACAGAACAUCAGAAGGGCCAUGUCGGACGUCUCUAGCAAAGAGGAGCGCAGCACCUCUGUAUUUCACCAUGUGGUGAAGAGCGAUAUGCCGGAGUCAGACAAGUCUGAGGAACGCCUCAUGGGAGAAGCUCAGGUUAUGCUUGGGGGUGGGACUGUUACUACAGCCCGCACGCUCACCUUUGCAUCUUAUUAUAUCCUUUCACGGCCAGAAGUACGAGGCCGACUAGAAAGCGAAGUCAAGGACUCCAUGGCAGAGUGGCCGGAGCGAGUUCCAACCUGGGCGGAGCUCGAGCGACUUCCUUUCCUCCAAGGGAUCAUUAAAGAAUCAUUGCGCCACGGUCAUGGCGUGAUGCACCGACUACCCCGGAUUUCGCCCGAUAUUCCUAUUCAAUACAAGGAAUAUACGAUUCCAGCUGGUAUACCCGUAGGCAUGUCUGGAUACUUGAUGCAUAGCGAUCCUAUAACUUACCCUUCUCCGAAUGAAUUUAUUCCGGAGCGGUGGCUUGGAGACGUUGAUAAAAGCGUGAACAGAAAUUUUGUGCCAUUCUGCCGCGGCUCGAGGGGCUGUCUAGGGAUGAAUUUGGCAAUGGCCGAGAUGAGCCUCGCCCUUGCCGUUCUCUACCGCCCGAAUGGUCCUAAGUUCGAGCUUUUUGAAACGGACGAGAGUGAUGUAAAGCCAGUGCAUGACUUCAUGAUUCCAGUGGCUAAGCUCAGUUCGAAGGGUGUGCGCGUCUUGAUAUGUUAAACGGAGAAAAGGGAUAUAGUUCUGAGCACUCGUGCGCUUGUGUAUUUACCAAAGAGGUAUAUUACGGUUGGAGAUAGACACAUUUAGGUACGCGUUGGCCCUACGCAACAAUCUCUGGGUUCAUGACUACUCUGGAUUUGAAAAUGGAGACACAUAAUUUCUCUGCCC